UCUGUGCUCUCUGGAAUCGUGGGACAGUUUUCAUGGUCGCAGCUCCAGUGCAGAUAAGUUUCAGCAGAAUAGAGUAGCUGAGAAGAAAUAUCAAAACUGAAGCUUCAGAUUUAGGAGCAAAGGUUUGAUGAGGAGAAAGAAGCAGUGACUGUUGUUCAGAGAGAGAAGCAGAAAGAGAAAAGUGAGAAGAAAGUCAGGGUGUGGAUACUGACAGACCUGGGAGUUUAUAACCUGCUCAGAGAAAAAAAUGGACUUUCUGCUCAGCAGAUCAGCCGUUCUGCUCUUAUCCUUCCUGUCAACAUGGAUUUUGGGAUUUUCCUCAGUCUUGGGCCAGAACCUGAGAGAGACAGAUGCACUGUGCAAUGCAGACGGCUGUUUUGUGGUCUACUUUGAGCGCAAAAUCUUCCUAGACUCAUGGAGGAGCUGCAAGGAAAAAGGUGGGAAUCUAGCUGUUAUCAAACAUAAAGAGGAUGCCGGUGCCAUCGCUACACUCUUCUCCACUCUGGACUUGAGGCAGUCCCGCACCAAAGUCCAAGUCUGGAUUGGUCUUCAGCGUCAACCUCGUCAGUGCAAUAGCCGUCCACUGAGGGGUUACUCUUGGACUACUGGAGACCAAGACACAGAGUACACAAACUGGCAAAGAGAGGAUUCUCCCAGUAUGUGUUCGGCACCUCGCUGCAUACUUAUGGGCUACAGCAUUCAAGAACAGAAUGAUAACUUCAAGUGGCUGGAUAGUUCGUGCACUGUCCCUGUAGAUGGAUAUCUUUGCCAUUUUGCUUAUGGAGGAAUGUGUUCUGCCUUGUGGAGUGAGGGAGCAGACAAUGCUGUUUAUACCACGCCAUUUAACCUUGUGAGCAGCAUACUAACUCAUGUACCGUUGGGAUCUGUGGCUACUAUACUUUGCCCAACAGAUAACAAUGAGGACUGGUCCCCCAUUCUGUGUACACUGAGGGAUGGCUCAGUGGGAUGGUCACGUGAACCCCCUCUUUGCUCUGAUCUACCUGCAGCACAGAACCCAUGUGACCAAAACAACGGUGGGUGUGAGCACUUCUGCCAGAAUAUCGAUGGUCAAGUCUUCUGUGAAUGUGCUAAUGAUUAUCAUCUAGGAAACGAUGGACAGACCUGUGAGCGUAACAAUGAUUGCGUAGGGUUCCCCUGUGAGUAUGAGUGCUUGCCGCUUCCUGAUGGCUACCGCUGUGCCUGUCCUGAUGGAUACAUGCUGGCACCAGAUGGACAUGGUUGUCUGGAUGUAGAUGAAUGUAUUCAGAGCCCUUGUGAGCAGAUUUGUAUGAAUGGUCCAGGUUCGUUCGAAUGUCAGUGUCGGGAUGGUUAUCUUUUAAAUGACGUGGGUGAGUGUAAGGAUGUAGAUGAGUGUGCCAAGUACCCGUGUGAACAUAUUUGUGAAAACACACCAGGGUCUCAUAUCUGCCUCUGUGAUCAGGGCUUUGCAGUUGACCCUCAAGACCCYAGACGAUGCCAAGAUGUUGAUGACUGUCAGAAUGCUGGCAUCUGUGACCAGAUGUGUGCAAAUUAUGAUGGUGGUUUUGAAUGUUAUUGUAAGGAAGGCUACGAACUAAUGUCUGAUCAAUACACAUGUCAGAAGAUAGAAGGAGAUGACUACAUAUCCAUUGCCACCCAUCAACCUGAGUUUGACUGGGAUGUUGUACACUACGCCUGGAACCCAGACUCAAUCACUCCCUUACCUUCAGAGGAAGAACAGACCAACGACUGGCUUAUUGAAGCACAGGGGGGUUUGGAUUUGGGUGUGAUUUCACAAAAUGAACAUUCUUUUGAUUUAGAAGUAAUUGCUUCAACCACCACGAGCUACAGCACCACAUCAGACUGGAACAAAGACGACAAUGAGGAGGCUACUACGGCUCUUACAGUAYCUUCCACCUCUACAAUCUCUGAGGGAGCCUGGAAUUGGUGGUCGGGACUGGUCACAUCCACUCAAAGUCCCGAAAAUCAAGAUGUAACUCCAACCAAAGGGUCUGCUGAGUUAUGCACACAUAAACAAGCUGAAGAAAAGCCCCUUCAAAGGGAAUUCUCUCAGUUCCCAGAGGAGUCUGAAAACAACAAGAGUUAUGUGGAAUUUUCUCGCACUCAAGGCCCUGCUGUUCCCCUCCAGUCCACCACAUCCCAGCCCCCUGUGGGAGAGAGUGGGAGGGGUGGAGCGGACAACGAGGUGCAGAAACAAAACAGCGUCGGGCUUCUGGUGGGUCUGCUUGUGCCUAUCUGUAUCUUUGUUGUGGUCAUGGUGGCUCUGGGAAUCGUCUACUGCACCCGCUGUGCAGUCAAGCCUAGAAACAAAAAUAGCCCAAACUGUUACCACUGGAUCUCUGGAGCUCACAACAAACAGGGAGCUUCAAACCUGUCAACAGGGGGCAAGACCCCCGUUUAAACCGAGGGAGGAGUGCAUACUGAACCUGGUUUCUGAUUGUGGAAGACUUUGAACAUGGUGAUAUUACUAUUUAAGAGCAAAUGGUCGAUGAAAGACAAGAUAAGCAAAAUAACCAAGAUUCCUGUGGAUUAAUUUUGCUGCCAUCAAUCUUUCCAAUAUUUCAGAGAUGAUGUCAAAAAUAUUUACCAUUUUUGAGCCAGCAACAAUUUGUUUUUCUAACAUAAAAAUACUUGACUUAAAGAUUUUUCAGGCAGAGUGCUUCUAUUUUGAAUGAAGGCUGAAGAAUUGUGAGCAGUCUGAGUUUCAAACACUGAGUUUUGUUGUUUGAACACAACCGUUGAUAUAAAAGCCAAAGGUUGUGUGUAAAUAUUGGGCAUUUUAAUUUUUCAUUUUGUUUUAUGCGUAAAAUAUAUUUUUGCAWUGUUUUUUAUGGCUGUAACAAAUUAUUUGCUGAAUCUUUUUUAAACCUUGCAACAUGCAGAGUGGUUCUGAUAUUACACCCAGUUAGAUGAAGAGCACAUAUUUCCUUUUCCUGUUUUGAAAAUGUUAGUGACUGAAAAGGGAUUUUGUUUUGUUUUCACUAAUGACUGUUUGUCAUUUUUUAUAUUUUUACACUCAAUUCAUGGCUGUUGAAAUAAAAUAUUUGUGUAAAAA